AUGUUAAGAUCGGUGAUCAAGAGAACAAUGUCAACCAAACCAUCCCCAUAUAAGGCCAAAGUAACCUCAGUCUCACCACUACCAGAGGGUGGAAAAUGGAUCCAAACUCGCAAGAUCGAAUACACCGAUCCCAAUGGCUCCGAUAGACAAUGGGAAAUGGCAGUGCGUACCACUAGAUCAGAUACAACAAACAUCGAUGCAGUGUCUAUUGUUUCAAUUCUCCACCAUAUCGAUAAACCUAAGGAAUUAGUAUUGGUGCAACAGUUUCGUCCACCAACUGAACAUGUUGUGAUUGAGCUACCAGCAGGAUUAAUCGAUCCGAAAGAAUCGGUUGAAACCACAGCAGUUAGGGAGUUGCAUGAAGAGACUGGCUAUAUUGGGAAAUUUCGUAAUAGCUCGCCUAUAGUGUAUAGUGAUCCCGGAUUAACCAAUGCAAAUAUGGUGUUGGCCUACGUUGAUGUUGACUUAAAAGACGAAAGAAAUCAAAACCCCAAGCCAAAGUUAGAAGACGGCGAAUUUAUCAUUACUUUUACAUUGCCAUUGGAUAAUUUGCGACAAGAGUUGGACAAAGUUUGUGAGAAAGAAGGAUGUACUGUUGAUGCAAGGUUGUACCAUUUUGCAAUGGGAUUAGAAUUAGCCAAGACCCAAUUGACGUAG